AUGACUACAGUUGGAAUUCCCGUUCCAAGGCUGCUGCCUAUCGCCGGGACAUGGGCAGGGCCCUUUGCACUCUACAACAUCUUCCUCUCCAGUCGAGUCUUCAACCAACGCCUCAAGACGCAUGUCUAUUUCGGCGACAAAGAUACUUCGACACCAACCGACCCAUCCACAACCACAUCCAAAUACUCUCCCCUGACCCUCGCCUCCCACUCGCACUCGAACUUCCUCGAAAACGUCCCCUUGGCCUUCAUCCUCCUCAUCAUCGCGGAGCUCAACGGCGGGAACAGGAAGGCGCUGCAUUAUACGAUGGCGACGCUGCUGGCGCUGCGGAUCGCGCAUGCUGAAGCAGGUUUGAUGAUGAAGGGCAACUUUGGGGAUGGAGGUGUGGGGAGACCACUGGGGUAUGUGGGGAGUCUUGGAGUGCUGGGGGGACUGGGUGCGUAUGCCGGGUGGUUGGUUAAGGGGUACUGGGGAUUCUGA